AUGCAACCCCUGAUAGACAAGAUACUGACUAGAAUAAAAUCAUGGACCACUAGAUACUUAUCAUAUGCUGGAAGGUUACAACUUGUGAAAUCUGUGUUGUACUCGAUUCAAGUAUACCGGUCACAAGUCUUUGUGCUGCCAAGGAAAGUUAUUCAAAUGAUUGAAGCCACUUGCAGAAACUUCUUGUGGACUGGAGGCAAUGAUCUUAGCAAGAAGGCACUGAUUGCCUGGGAUAGAUUAUGCCUCCCUAAAGCAGCAGGGGGUCUAAAUAUUUUAGACAUAUAUACAUGGAACUGGGCUGCCAUUGGUAAACUUCUAUGGAACAUAUGCAGGAAGAAAGAUUUUCUAUGGGUAAAAUGGAUCCAUGCUUACUAUAUCAAGACUAGGGAUGUAUGGGAGACUAAGGCUACCCAAGCCUCAUGGGUGGUACAGAAGAUCCUUAAAGCAAAGAACAUGUUUGAAAAAAUAGGCCUCCAGGAAACAGAUGUAGCUGUUAUGACUAAAUACUCAAUAAAGGAUAUAUAUGGAGCCUACCGUGGGGAAUUUCAGAAAAUAUGGUCAAAGCUCCUAACUUGGCAAGGCAUAAAGAGAGAAGUAUGGAACUGGAAGCACGAAAUACAAUGGGCUAUAGAAAAUACCACAGGGAAGAUUGCUAAACAGGAGAUAUACAGAAUGACACUAGCUUGUGGAGUGUAUCAUGUAUGGCAGGAAAGGAAUGGAAGGAUUUUCAAGAAAGCAGCAGAUCAGCAGACCAAAUAG